CAUGCCCAUCAGGGUAGGGGAGGCCAUGGGAGUCCCCAAGCUCGCCCGUCCCUCUCUGGCUCAGCCAAGCUCACAGUCCCUGCUGAUGGCCUGGCAGAGGUGUUUACACCUGUGAGUCCCCUCACUCGGGGGAGGGGAGCAGGAAACCAAGGGAUGAGAGGUGCCAGGUCCCUGCCCACGUCUUGGCCAGUAGCUGAGAAGUUCUGGUGGGAAGUGACCAUGGACUGGCAGGGCCCAUCCAGGUGUCCUCCAGUGAUCCAAGCUGCCUCCUUCCAGGAUGCUGUGCGCAUGCUCAACACUCUGCAGACCAAUGCCAGCUACCUGGAGCAGGUGAAGCGCGAGCGGGGUGAUCCUCAGACACAGCUGGAAGCCAUGGAAGUGUACCUGGUACGGAGUGGGCUGCAGGUGGAGGACCUGGACCAACUGAAUAUCAUCCAUGUCACUGGGACCAAGGGAAAGGGCUCCACCUGUGCCUUCACUGAGCGUAUCCUCCGGAAUUAUGGCCUGAAGACAGGAUUCUUUAGCUCUCCCCACCUGGUGCAGGUGCGUGAGCGGAUCCGCAUCGACGGGCAGCCCAUCAGUCCUGAGCUCUUCACCAAGCACUUCUGGAGCCUCUAUCACCGGCUGGAGAAGACCAAGGAUGACAGCUGUGUCUCCAUGCCGGCCUACUUCCGCUUCCUCACGCUCAUGGCCUUCCACGUCUUUCUCCAAGAGAAGGUGGACCUGGCCGUGGUGGAAGUGGGCAUCGGCGGGGCUUACGACUGUACCAACAUCAUCAGGAAGCCUGUGGUGUGCGGAGUGUCCUCUCUUGGCCUCGACCACGUCAGCCUUCUGGGGGACACAGUGGAGAAGAUUGCGUGGCAGAAAGGGGGCAUCUUUAAGCAUGGCGUCCCUGCCUUCACCGUGCUCCAGCCGGAAGGUCCCCUGGCUGUACUGAGGGAUCGAGCCCAGCAGAUCUCAUGUCCUCUCUACCUGUGCCCACCACUGGAAGCCCUAGAGGAAGGGGGGCCGCCGCUGACCCUGGGCCUGGAGGGAGAGCACCAGCGAUCCAACGCGGCCUUAGCUUUGCAGCUGGCCCACUGUUGGCUGCAGCGGCGAGACCAGCAGGGCACGUGGCCUGGCGUUGGGAAGCUGCGGGUGUCCAGGCCAAGUGUGCCAUGGCCGCUGCCCCUGGCCCCCGUGUUCCAGCCUACAUCCCACAUGCGGCAUGGGCUUCGGGACACAGAGUGGCCAGGCCGGACACAAGUGCUGCGGCGGGGGCCCCUCACCUGGUACCUGGAUGGGGCGCACACCACCAGCAGUGUGCAGGCCUGCGUGCGUUGGUUUCGCCAGGCCCUGCGAUGCAGUGAAAGGCCCAGCUGUGGGCCCGAGGUGCGCGUGUUGCUCUUCAACUCCACUGGGGACAGGGACCCGGCGGCCCUGCUGAAGCUGCUGCAGCCCUGCCAGUUCGACUAUGCUGUCUUCUGCCCCAACCUGACAGAGGUGGCAUCCACAGGCAAUGCAGACCAGCAGAACUUCACGGUGACGUUGGACCAGGUGCUGCUGCGCUGCCUGGAGCACCAGCAGCACUGGAGCUGCCUGGGUGAGGAGCAGGCCAGCCGGGGCCUCUGGAGCCCCUCCAGCCUGGAGCCCCGAGGGCCAGCACCCCUGCAGCUGGCGCCCCACCAGCCCCACCCCUGUGGCACCAGCUCCCUGGUCUUCAGCUGCAUCUCCCACGCCUUGCAGUGGAUCAGCCAAGGCCGGGACCCUGUCUUCCAGUCUCCUAGUCCCCCGAGGGGUCUCCUCACCCACCCCAUGGCAAGCAGCGGGGCCAGCGUACUGCGUGAGGCUGCCGCUGUCCACGUGCUGGUCACAGGCAGCCUGCACCUUGUGGGCGGUGUCCUGAAGCUGCUGGAGCCCUCCUUGUCCCAGUAGCCACGGUGGUGGGGCCGGAGGUGGGAGCCUCCCACGCCUGCCCUGCCUUGGCUCCAUGAACUUACACCAGGUGCCUUUUGAUUUCUGCUUUCUUGAUUCUGAGACUAUCCCAGGCUGUGGAGUUGGACUGCAGAAUGUCCUCGGUCUCUGAGGCUGUGCCUUGCUUGCAGCCUGGACAGCAGGGCUUCCCAGGGGCCUGUCUUAGGAGGCCUGCAGCCCAGCCCACUUCCCCUGCCACCCCACCUGCCACCUGGCUCAGACCCAGCUCAUUGAGUGAGCUGCCUGGCCGUGCUUAGGGAACUGCCUGGGGCUGGGCGAUAGAUUCCCUUCUCCCAGGGCCUCUGGGGAAGGAGAGCCCUUGCCUUGAGCACCCUGGGAAAGAGCACGGCUGGAGUGAAUUAAAGCCCUUUUUUAAAUGGAAAAACAAUGGAUGGGCUCUUCUAGUUACCUUAUCAGACAACAGAGGGCUGGGGCUGCAGCUGGUGCAGGAACCGGAUUGUGUAGAGGGAGCCCAGGCUUCCCUGCCUGAGCCUCAGGUGGCCUGUCUGUGACGAGAAGCCUGGACUGAUGUCCCAGGCCAUAUGAAUUGAGAGGUGCACCCACUUUAGCUUCCUGAAACCAUGGGAGACCCACAGUCACACAGCCAGUGAGCAGCAGGUCCAGGAUGGGAACCGAGAGCCCCAGAGCAAGGUGCACAGCGCCUCCUGGUGUCUGGCUUCUCACAGCCUCAGUCCCAGGACUGUGAGCAGCAGAGGGGACUAGUUCAAUCAAAGCUGCUGUGCCCUGGCCACCUGCCGCUGCUCAAGAUGCCAUCCUAGCGGGCAGCGCUGCUCUAUGCUGACCAUGCCCCUGCUGUUCUAGAGGCCCCUCCCCUCGGCCCAGCCAGCCCAGCAUGGGUUUCGUGUCUGAUUUAUUGAUGGUGAAUAUACAGGGGUGAGCCCAGGACCAGCAGCCUGGCCACUCUCCACCUGCUGCCUGCCCAGUGGCUCGGAGGGGUCUCCACGUGUCAGGGGUCGGGGAACCAGGCUCCCUCACCCCACGGUUCUUGCGCCUUCUGGGCUCCCAGACUGAGUGCCCCUUGGCUUGUUUCCCCACCAAAGUUGUACCAGUUCAGGUGUGAGGCCACAGGAACCAGGUCAAGGUGGCUCUGGCUGGGCCCUCUUCCUCCCAUGGAGGAGGCGCGUCGGCCUGGGCAGCUGGGCCACCCAGCACGUUCGCCAGUGCAGCAUCCGGGUCAAGUGGCAGGGACUUGAGUUUCCAACAGCAGUGUGGACGUAGGAGGCAGUGGUCUUUCUCUCUGUGGUCCUGCGCAGCUCUGUCCCACGGCCCCUGGGUUUGGAGGUUCUGUGGAGUGGGGUGGGGGGACCCCCAGAUGUUCCAGGUUGGUGCUCCCACUGGCAGCAGGCCUCGGAGCGGGAGGCGGGCAGGGCGGGUGCAGAGAGCAUGCUCCGUCCUCGCCUGAGUGGAGGCACUGGGGUCCCGGGCAGAGUUCCUGGCUGCUCAGUCUCUCCGGCUGGGUGAGGGCUGGCUGGGGGCCCCCGGGGCUCCGGGCCGGGUGCUACGCCAUGCUGCUGGUGGAGCAGGGGGUGCUCUGGGUGCUCCCGAUGCUGUGGUUGGUGCUGCUGCUCUCAGAGGAGGCCGGGGCAGCCACCGCCACCACGGGCUCCCGCUUGCCGGGGGGACCUGGGGGCGGGGGCAGGGGCGGAGGUCAGGGCCCCGGCCAGGGCUCCCCACUCCCUCAGAGGCUUUGCCGGGCUCCCAGAGGUGGUGCGGAGGGGCCCUGGGUGCUCCCUGCGGGGGGCCUGGGAUACUCACGCGUGUGCGAGUAGAUGUACCAGAGCGCCGCGGUGAGCAGGGCCCCGAUGAGGAAGGCGCCGAAGGUGAUGCCCAGCACGGCGGGCAGGACCAGGCCUUUGCCUGCACCAGGAAGGUGGCCGUCAGUGCCGGGCGCGGCCGGAGCCCGGUUUGGGUACUAGCUCCGGCCCAGGCACUGACCCUGACUUCUUUUCAUCUAGCGAGUGUGCUCGUCGCACCAUGGCCACGAGCUGACCCUCACCCAGAAGCCCGUCAGCCAGGCCUCCCGAGGCGGGCAGAGCCAUUGCCAGGGAGUAAGGGUGGUACAGUGUGAGUAAGGAAUGAGGGGCCUCGGGCUCCAGGGCCUUCCCCCCCUGCAUUGUGCCCUUAGGUCAGCCUCUGCCCCUCUCGGAGCCUCUGCCAAGUGGGACUAGGCCAGAGCACCUCCCAGGGCUCUUCAGCUCGGCAAGAGCUGUCCCAAGCCUCAGCCCUUCACCCUCUGACCUCCUGUGUGGCCACAGGACAGGAGGCUCCCCGUGAGCCUCCGAUUCUUUUCACCUGUGCGGAGGGGCAUUUGCCCUGCUUUUUCUGCCCUGGCUGUGGGUUGGGGUACCACCCUUGCCGGGAUGACAGGUGCCUGCCCACCUCUGCUGGUGGGGGAGCUAGUAAAGACCUGGAGGGGCACCUUCCACACUGGGGGCCUCAAGGAAGCAAGAAGGCCAGUACCACGUUAAGGUGUUCCAUCCAGGAGGCCCUGCCCCUGAGCAAGGUCAGUGAGUGACCAAGCGGGUGGAGAAGAGCCCUGGGCAGGGAACCAGAGGCCACAGGGUGGUCACGAGCAGAGACUUCAUCAAGAUGCAGCCUACAGUGUGCUACUCCGGCCACUGGGAUUCUGGGGACCCUUCUGCCCCUCCUUCCAGGACUGCUCCCCUGAGAUCCUUCAGCUGUCCCUUGAUUCCCACGCAGCUACCAGAGCAAACCCCAGAGAGGCCCAGAGGAACCUACCAGACAGAUCAGGGCUGACGAUGCUCAGGCGCAUGGAGACAGCCUUGUGGACUUCCUGGGGAGGGGAGAGCGGUGUGUGGCCCAGGCUCUGUGAGGCAGCACCCGGGCUCCCUGGCUUUGUGACCCACCUCCACCACUGUCUAGCAGGGAGCUGGGGCAAGCCCGGGAUCUCUGCUGGGGGAGGGCAUCGAGUGACACUCCUGCCAAGGACCUUCCGGUGAGGCCCUGAGGCCCCUGAGGCCCUGAGCACUGUGGGAACACCCAUUAUGCUUGCACAUACCUGGGAGUGAUGAGCCUGGGUGGGGCUGUGACAAGCCAGACUUGCUGGCUGGAGGGAGAGGCCCACUGAGGGGCAGCCCCAAAGACCUCCCUAGCCUCACACACCAGCGGGGGUUUGGAUAGUGGAGACCUUUCUGUGCAAAGAGCUGGGGUCACCCCGAAAGUGUGUCCAGGGCUGUGCCUGAGAACAGAUUCACUGGACAGUGAAGCGUUGAGACCAGCAAAGGCAGAAAGUCAGGAUUUUGUGUCCUUCCCCAGGGCCCCUGUCAACUAAGAUCACUUUGGUGACAACACCACAUGGGUGGGUAGACUCCUGGGGGAUGGACGGGUGUCUGGGUGGGACGGUGGAAGUACUGACGCAUGGACAGGCGGGACGGCAGAUACACAGAAGGACAACGAGUGGAUGAUAUGGGAGCUGCAGAUCCUGCCCAAGAGGAAGCAAUCCCACCAGAGGGGCUGCAGGUGGCUCGAGAGUGCCCGAUGGCCCGCUGUCAAACCACAAGCUGACUGUGGCUCUGCCCGACACCAGCUGUUCCCGCACCCCUGGGCUGCCACGUCCCUGCCAGAGAUGGAAGCCACCCUUGAGCUGGGCCUGGCCCAGGGUCCACUCACCUGGGACCAGGUCCUGGGACGCAGGGCCACAGUGCAACUGAGGGUGCCAGCCGUGGGCGUGGGCACCAUGUAGACGCGGAGGAGGAAGCUGAAGCGUAGGUCACCCUCAGGGCUUGGGGACAGCAGGCUCACACAGCUGCCCUUGGCUGCCCGGCCCUGGAUGAGUUCCACGGCGUCCGCCUCAGGCCCCAAAUCCAGGUGGCAGCUGUCUAGCUGAAGCACAACCUCAGGCAUCGAUGGGGACAUGCUCACCUGCAUGGAGAGGUGGCAGGCAGGGGUGUGGGCAACUCUUCUUGACCCUCCACCUCUGCUCUUUGGAAAAAAGCCAGAGGCAGAGUUCCCACCCCUGAAUCCUCCCAGUAGGACAGACAGGGGCCAGCCUGGGGCAAAUAGGAAGAGGGACAUGCCUAUCAGUGACUGAGCAAUGUCAUCCCUAUCUGCCCCUCCCCUGGAAGUUUAAUUCUUGUCUUUUCUGUAGCAAUGGUGGGAAGACAGGCACCUAAGUCCUAGGAUCCGGAGGACUUGGGGAGUGACCGGGCCCACCCAAUACCUGCACAAAGCCCUGCUGCCCUAGCUCGAUGGUGCUGGAGGCCUGAAGGAAGUGCGGGCUGAGGUAGAGGCCCAGCCGGAAGGAGAGGCUGUCGGUGUUGAUGCACUGCACCUUUUUCUGUGGGAGCACCAGAGGGAGACUUGCUCAGUGGGGGGCACCAGCCAGGAAGGAGGGGCGGGCUGGCCACAGUGCUCUCGCCUCCUCCUCCCUGGCUUCUUUCACACUGGGGAUGAACCCAGGGGCCCUACCACUGAGCCACAUCCCCAGCCCUUCUCAUUUUUUAACUUGAAACAGUGUCUCCCCAAGUUGAGUGAUUUGGCACGGCCAGUGUGUGCUAGAACCCUCUGACUCGAGAGGCUGAGGGCAGAACCCUGGACAGCACUUCCCGCGUGUACAGAAGGGGAGACUGAGGCACACUGGAGACAGGGGGAUGGACAGGAUCUGGCCCCAGCCCCAGCAGCAGACCCUGGACCAAGUGGACGCGUGGUGACCAUCCAUCUUACCCGCAGUGGUGAUAAGCCUGACAGGAAGUUGAUAACCACCUGCAGGAAGAGAGCAGGGAGCUGGUUAGAGCCAGAAAGGACCCCAGAGGGUCUCCCACCCAACACACCCAUCUUGUGGAUGUGGAGACUGAGCCAAGCAGUGGCCAAGCCUCUCCUGUGUUCCAACUGAGUACCAGACCUUGCUCCCCGCCACACCCCUCAGCCUGGAGGACGGGGGAGACAGCUGUAGGGACACCUUUCCGGCCCAGCCCUACCUCAUUGCUGAUCAUGUGUGUGGUCACCUCCAUGCCACAGCUGGAGUAGGUGCUGCGCAAGAUGAGCUGAUCAGUGCUGUCCUCGGCCUGGCAGCUGGGGUCCCAGAAGGUCAGGCCGGUGAUGGUGCACUUCAGAGCCUGGGUCCAGAGGGUGGCACUGUCAGGAGGCCCGGGCUCCCUGGGACCUGCCCCAGCACCCAGGACUGCUCAUAGCCCAGCAGUCCCUAACCCCAGCUCCUUUGCUCCCCUACUCUUUGUGAGACCUUGUCAUCCUGCACCAUUUAAGAAAACUUGUCUUGAACUUAUUUCUUCUUGGACUCCACCUUGUGCUAAACAAUAAGAUCAAUUCACAAGUCUGAUUUCCUACUUAAUGUUUUUCUUCAAAUAAAGAACUAUUAUAACUAAAACCAUUCAUUAGAGUUCCACAUAUAAUCAUCACUCCACCCCAGGGGCACACAGACCCCACCAGCAGUAUCCGCCUUCAGAUCUGGGGUGUGCAAACUUUUCCUAUAAUAGGCCUGAUGGUAAAUACUUCAGGCCUGUGGGCCCUAUGGUCUUUGUUGUAAUUCCCCAACUUGGCUCUCAUGGC